UUAAGUAAAAAAACUGUUGAGUGUCUAAACAGUAACAGUGACCAUUUGUGGGAGGAUAGAGUUUUUUUUUUUUUGUAAAUUAAAAAAAGAGUAGUUUUCUUGGUCUACGUAACCUUCGCGGAAGCUACCACCCAAUCUCAAGUCUUUUUAUAGCAGCGUUCAUUGCAUCUACGAAAAACUUCUUAGAUUCUUCAAUUUAUCAUAAUAUUUCUAUCUCUAUAUUUUCCAACUUUGCUUCUCCCCUUUGCCUUUUGAUCUUCUAAUAUAUAGCACUGCUCUAUAUUAGUAUUUUCCAACUUUGAUAUUUUAUGGACAAAGGAUGGGGUCUUACCCUUGAAAGUUCUUCUUCUUCUGAUAAAGUUGGUUUCUUCAUGAACAAGCCUGUUUUUGGUUUUAAUUUAAGUCCAAGAUUGAACCCUGCUGAAAUGUUUCCCAGCUCCGAUGAUAAACGUGCCAUCGUUAAUGAAGUUGACUUCUUCUCUGAGAAAAAGCCUAUUGUAAAGAAGGAGAAUUCUCAGGGUGACAGGACUGAUCAAUGUGUUGUAAAUACUGGAUUACAACUUGUGAUUGCAAACGCUGGAAGUGAUCAAUCAACAGUAGAUGAUGGGAUUUCAUCGGAAUUAGUACUUGAAGAUAAACGAGCUAAAAUUCAGCAGUUGGCGCAAUUGCAAGUUGAGCUUCAGAGGAUGAAUUCCGAAAAUCAGCGUUUAAAAGGGAUGCUUACUCAAGUUAAUAACAGUUAUUCUGCACUUCAGAUGCAUCUUGUUACACUCAUGCAACAGCAGCAGCAACAACAACAGCAGCAACAAAUGAUUUCAAGAACUGAAAGUACACAUGCCCAUGAGGUUGUCGAAGCCAAGUUUAAUGACGAAAAGAAGCAAGAGAAAGAAGGGACCAUAGUUCCAAGACAAUUCAUGGAGCUGGGCCCAAGUGGUUCCAAAGCUGAUCCACUGGAUGAGCCAUCUAAUUCCCAUACUUCAUCAGAAGAAAGAACGCUUUCUGGAUCACCUCGCAACAAUAUGGAAUUAUUGUCAAGGGAUAAGGCAAUUGGCCGCGAAGAGAGUCCAGAAUCUGAAAGUUGGGCUCCAAAUAAGGUCCCUAAAUUAAUGAAUUCAUCAAAACCUGUUGAGCAACCAACCGAAGCAACUAUGAGGAAAGCUCGUGUCUCCGUCCGUGCCCGAUCAGAAGCUCCUAUGAUUAGUGAUGGCUGCCAGUGGAGAAAAUAUGGUCAAAAGAUGGCUAAAGGCAAUCCGUGUCCACGUGCUUAUUAUCGUUGCACGAUGGCUGUUGGUUGUCCAGUGCGCAAACAGGUGCAAAGGUGUGCGGAGGACAGGACAAUCUUAAUAACAACAUACGAAGGUACACAUAACCACCCCCUACCACCAGCAGCCAUGGCAAUGGCAUCCACUACAUCAGCAGCAGCAAACAUGUUGCUCUCUGGUUCCAUGCCAAGUGCUGAUGGACUUAUGAACACAAAUUUCCUAGCCAGGGCCAUGCUUCCAUGUUCAUCAAACAUGGCAACUAUUUCAGCAUCUGCUCCAUUUCCAACGGUUACAUUGGACCUCACAGCCCAAAAUUCAAAUGCUGCACUGCCUAAUUAUCACCAAAGAGUUAACCACGCUAAUAAUGCUCAAUUCCAAUUCCCUUUACCAGCUGGACUUAAUCACCCGAAUUUCAUCGCUUCAAUGUCAGCUCCACAAAUGCCUCAGGUUUUAGGCCAGGCUAUGUAUAACCAGUCAAAAUUUUCGGGUUUACAAGUUUCUCAGGACAAUAUUCACCACCCAUCAAUUUCUCAUGACACACUCUCCGCUGCCACGGCUGCGAUCACUGCUGACCCUAACUUCACUGCCGCCCUUGCCGCGGCCAUCUCCUCCAUCAUAGGUUGUGGUUCUCAUCCCAACAACAACGGCAACAGUACCAUGUCUGGUCCAUCAAGCAAUAACAACAACACUAGCAGUUUCCCAGGGAACUAAAGAAUAUAUUACUGUAUCUUGUUUUGUAAAAUUUGCUGUCAAUUACCCAAUAGUUUUCUUUUAUUCAUUUUUUUUUUUAUAACAAUCCUUUUCUUAGGAGAUUAGGGGCUGAAACUAGAAUGAAUUUACAUGUUCAUAGCUUUUUGCGUUGUAUUAUUACGAUGGAGAAAAGGUAUAGGCAAAAAAAAAACGUUGUUUUCAUUCUUUUAUUUUGAUUUUGAAUUUUGGGUAUACGCACAAAAGCAAAUACAUUAUUGUACGUAAUUUUGCUUAAUCAAACUUCUUCUUUUGUUAAA